AUGGCUCAAGACGAGACCAGCUGGGUUGAGGACAAUGAAAAUGAUGCUUGGUCUGUUGUCAGCGAUGGCGAUGAAACCAUGAUCGACGACGACCAAGGCCCUUCCAGCGGUGACGGCGAAGCUGAUGACGAACGCGAUGUCGAUGGUGUCGACGACGCCGCUGAUGCCAACAACGAAGGAAGCCUUGACGACGAAACCGAGGAAGGAGACCUUUACGGCUGCACCGACGACGAGGAAAGCCUCGACAACACCCUCAUCGACACCGAGGAGGAAGAGCACAUUGACGACUGCACCGAAGACAGUAUUCGUAUCCGCAAAAUGCAGCAGCAGCUGAAAGAUUGCCAGGAACAAGCUUGGGAGAUCGAGUGCGGUCUUGAUAACUACUACCGUCAAGAGCUGGAUGAUCUGAAUUUUAAGCAUAAGCAAGAAGUCGACUACCUUGCCAAUGCGUUGCAAGACAAAGAGCACCAAGUCGAUUUGUACAGAACCGAAGUGGCUCGCAGGCGCCUCAAUCAUGUUACAGUCUCGAAGGAACUCGAGAAGGUCAAGCGUCUGCACAUGGUCGAGUACAACAGAGAGGGUGAACGCGCCGACAAAGCUGAGGAACAGCUCAAGGCAGCCCAAAAGCUACUUGAAGAUUGCAGACAAGAUACUUGCAACCGCCUGUACGCCGCCGAAGAGGAACACCAGAACCAGCUGGACGGGUGGCAGCGCCAACACAAUCAGGAACUCGAAGAGCUCAAGCGCGAGCAACGCCAAACACUCGAAGGGAUCCUUAGAGCCGCAGAGGAGGACGAAGAAAGAUGUCACCGGAAGGCCGUCAGAGAUGCCGAACUCUACGCGGAGGCCGCACUGGUUCUAUCCGCUGAAAUCGAGAGAAACAAAGUCAUGAAGGCUCAACUCGAGGAAGUCAAAUCUAGGUACGAGGAAGGCAAAUCUCGCUACGAGGAAGAGAGAACAGAGCGCGAUCGUCUCAUCAAGAAAGCGCGUGAGGUACUGAGCAACUCAACCAAGGUCAACGAUGAGAACCGCUCGCUCAAAGAACAGCUUGAAAAUGCUGUAACCGAAAUUCAGCAGUUGAAGCAGGAGGAGCAAGCUACCAAAGCUGACCACAAACAAGAGAUAGCCAGACUGAAAGAGGAGGCUCACCGUCAGCACGAGCAAGCUUGCGAGCAACUGGUGGACGAAUACGAGCAAGAUUGCACAGAGCUUACCGACUUCCUAUGGGAGGCCGAAAACGAGAUCGACCAGCUGCGCUAG